UAUGCGAAUUAAUUUCGUCUUGAAAUGACUAGACGGUGAAGACUGGCUCAUCGGCUCUUGAUUUCUGAGUAAUCAUUCAAAACUGUGUCGUUGAUAGAAAUACUUUGGGUAACAGAACAAUUCCAUCGUUUCUAUGAUGAAAUAGACUCGAGGAUCAGCAAUGUCUGGUCUACCGUGGGAAAGCGAGGAAAGUCAAAACUACAUUCGAGCGGAAUGAAUUCUCACUGAUGCUGUAAGAAAGGAGUUGAGGAAUUUAUUUAUUCAUGAAUGGAACAAACGUUACCAGGCUUCUCUUGGAGCAUGGGAUGACACCAACGUCAGUGGUAGUCAGUUGUUUAAUCUGGAGAAAAAACGAACAAGACCAAAUAAGACCAUGCUUCAGUCCAAAUUUCAAAAUGGAAAUACAAAUGAAUGGGAUUGUACCGUACUUUUUGAUAAAAUUCUUUAUUCCAACUCAAUCGGUUGUAGUCUUAGUACAACAGAAAAGACUGAAAUCGACACUCUUCGAAAACUGCGAAAUGAAAUAACUCAUAAUGUACCUGACAAAACGCUAACUAAUAAAGACAUUCAAACCAUGACAACAGAAGUUGAGAAUGCAUUGGGUGCAUUGGGACUGUCAAUCAACGAAGUCGUUCGAAUAAAAAACCUGUUUGCGUCAUUUAUAAUUCUUCCCUCUGAACCAGCCCAUGAAGUCGUUUACCGUUCUGACAAGAUACACGAGAUAAGAGAAUACCUUGAAAAGUUGCGCAGUCAUAACGAUGGCAAACUUACAUAUUUGUACAUCUCUGGGAAUCCAGGCAGUGGAAAAUCUCAACUCGCCAGACAAGUUUGUGAAGAUAUUUGCAAAGAUGUUCAUGGGAAAGACGAGGCAAUGUUUGUAAUGACAUUGAACGGAAAAGAUUUAGAUUCUCUUCUUCAUUCAUAUAAAGAUUUUUGUCGUCGGCUGAAUUGUAACGAGAGCGCAUUGCAAAGUGUUUCAAGUUCAUCUAAACCUAAAGAAGAAAAAAUAAAAGAUUUAAGAUCAAAGUGGUGGAUCAUCGUUGACAAUGUGGAAAAUCUAGAACUCAUAUCCCCACUACUGCCUUUGAAGGGAGACGAAGUUUGGAACAACGGCCAAGUUAUAUUAACAACACAAAACACAAAUGCUGUCCCACAAGACAGCACCUCAACUAAGCAUAUCUCACUUAUUCAUGGAAUGAAUGACCAAGAGUGUCGCCAGCUGCUUGUUCUAUUAUCGUGUACCGAAGUCAAUGACCCAUUACUAGAUGAGAUGGCGGAGAAGUUGGAUCGUCAACCACUGGCAAUGGCCGCGGCAGCCGUGUAUAUGAGAGAAAUAACCAAUAGUUGCUCAGAUUUUUCUUGGCGAGAUUAUUUACGAAAACUUGAGAAGGGUAAAAGGGGUUUAACCGAGGAACGUCUUCGGCAAAUGAAUUCAGCGGCAUAUUCCUCCACAAUGAGCACGGCAGUGUUGCUAGCGGUUAGAAAAUGUGCAGAGAAUAACACAAUCCUGGAACACGCUUUCAACCUUUUCUCUCUGAUAUCUUUUGAACCAUCACCACUUGAUCUUGUUGUAAAAUAUAUUCAGGAGCAACAGGAGGUAGAUGCGGAGGACGUCAUUACAGCAAUAAAACUCUCUUCGCUGUUUGUUCAGGAUGGUAGCAAUGGUGAUGUCCGCCUACAUCGUGUUGUUCAUGAAGCCGUCAAAACAUUUUGUCUUUUCGAUAAAUCUAAAAAAGAUAAUACGGAAAACAAAAGUACAAGCGAGGAAGAAAAUAUAACUCACAUUUACAGGGUUGUCAAAAUAAUGAGUUACUUUAGUGAAAGAGAAGAUAAAAUCAAAUCUAUUCCGCAUUUGAAAGCAUUUCACAAAGAAAUUAUUGACAAUAUUCAUUUCCCGAUGAAGCAUUAUACUUAUUAAGCUUACG